AUGCAUUGUGUACGUCAAAAACCACCAGAAAACACAUUUAGUGGGCUUUUUUUGGGGUCCAUCAUCAAGAAAUUCAAGUGCAUGAAGUGCGACAAGUCCUACAAGCACAAGCCGAACCUGUACAGACAUUCCAAGUACGAAUGCGAUGGGGUGCCUAGAUUUGUUUGUGAAAUUUGCGGAAAAGCCUACACGCAAAAAGUCACCUUGAAGCAGCACGUGGAUUCUUUACACUUCACUGCUGUGUUUAAGUUCGACAAUAUCUUUGACAGGAUGGGUGUGGACUUGACAUACUUAUGCGAGAAAUGUAACAAAGGCUUCAAAAUACUGGGCUCCUUAAAGAGGCAUAUGAAAUAUUACUGUGGAAGGAAACCGCCCCCAGUAACCGGCUACGUUCAAAUAGGCAAAAGCGAGUACGAGUGCCAGAAAUCUUCCUCGUUUGACAACCAGGUUUACACCUGCGAAACUUGUUCUAAAGUUUACUACAAGAGAAUUUCAUACUACAUUCACAAAAAGUACGAUUGUGGAAAUCUGCCCCAGUUGAAGUGCUCAUUUGCAGAUUGUGGCAAAACGGUAUCCAGAAGAAGCAGACCGUUUGCGUGUGACACUUGUGGAAACAGGUACGCCAGAAAAAAUUCGCUUUAUAUACACCAGAGGUACGAUUGCGGUGUCAAACAGAAGCAGUUCUAUUGUCAGUUCGAUUGUCAGUAUAGUGCCAACAGGAAGCACGAUGUUAAAAGACACCUGGUCAUCUAUUCAUGUGACGUUUGUCGCAGAACAUACACAAAAUGGUCGAGUUUAUACGUUCACAUGAAGUACGACUGUGGUGACAAACGAGUGUGGACCUGCCAAAUUCAGAAUUGUAAUUUUAAGUCAACAAGAACAGGAAAUAUGAAAAGACAUAUAAGCGGUGUACACGGAAUAUACGAGAAUAUCGAAGAGUAUAUGAGCAAAGCUGUAUCUAGUGCCUAA